UGUUCAGUAACAAAGUAACUACUGCACUGGUAUCUAUACUUAACUUGUGAUUUUCAUAAGCAAUCACGCGUAUCGUGACCACUAAUAGAAUGUUUGUUUCUACUUAUUAUUAUCAUUAUUAAUAAAAAUUAACUGGCAUUGUCUGCUAUUGGUAAAAACCAGCAUCACGUCAUUUAUUUAAUUAUUAUUGAUUGGUUUUCUCAUUGUUUAAAAUCACUUUUAGUUGUCACGCGCAUUGAGUGUCCUCGUGGUAUUAAUCAAUGUGUCAAUCGAUUGAUAACAGGUGUAUGUAUUAAUAGGAGUAAUAAAAAAAAAUUUUUUUUUUUAUUAAGUAGAAAUAAUUAAUGAUGCGUUUGAAUUGUUGAUAAUUAAAUUAAAGUUUUAGUUAAUUAUAAAAUAAUAAAAAAUAAAUGGAAUUGAGAUUAUGAUUUUUUUCUUAAUUCGAGUUAUUUGUAAAAAUUAUUUUGACAUAAGAAUAUGAAAUUUAACGAGAGAAGGCAGUUAUGGAUUCUUUUGAUGAUUGCAUGUAUAGCAGAAGCAACAGAAGAAGGUAUUUCUUGUUAUAAAUGUACAGUAGCACCUUUGAGAGGAGCUCCAGAAGCGUCUAGUCAAAUAUGCAGUCAAUUCAAACAGAAUCAUCACUUUCAAGUCUACUGCCCAAAGUCUACGAUGUGUAUGAAGCGUACGAUUUAUCACAAACUAGUCAACGGAUCGAUAAUAAAUACUAGUGUGGAGCGAGAUUGUGCGUCGCAGCUUGAUAUUUUUCAAGCUUACGAUUACAAUGAAAGACAAUGGAGGCAGCAGGAAGAAAUAGUCCAGGGUGCGUAUCCAGAGAGCUGUUUUACUGGUGAAGAUCGUGGGUCACCUGGUGGACCACCUGAGUAUUGCUUUUGCAAAUAUAAUUUGUGUAAUGACAGUAAUGUCAAUCGACAAAUUUAUACACUUAUUAUUAUACCAUUUAUGAUACUCAUAUUAAAUGGUUCUGUUGCAAUAUGACAUGAUAUUAUUGUUCAUAAGUAAAUAAUAAAAUAAUGUAAAUAAAGUUAAUAAGUGCUGUGAGAUUAAAUGAUAAAUGUACUUGA